AUGAACUCUGCUUUCCGAUCCGCCGCUCGCAUGACAUUGGCCAACCAACGCCGCAUGAUGUCGAGCAAGACCCCGGAGGUUUCCACUACCUUUUUGGCCAUGCGCAAGCAGCCCGGACACUUUUCCAAGAAUUGGCUCUCGGAUCCUUCCACAUACCCUCUCUUGGCAUGCAUGGGAGCCGCCGUUGGUCUUGUUGGAGGUGUCAGUGCUUACUUUUUGACCUGCUGCAAUGAUGUUCAAAUCAACACCACCAAACGCCGUUCCAUUAUUCGUACUUGGGGAAACUAA